CCGCGCUUCCUUUUCCGGUGCCGGGAGGAGCCGCGAGUCCGCCGCCUGGGUCCGUCCGGCCCGCUCUGCUGCCCGUCCCUGCGCCCUCGUCGCGGUCACUGCGCCACGCGUCGCGCUCGGAUCCCGCCGGAAAAAUGUCAGAUGAAUUUUCGCUGGCAGAUGCGCUACCUGAACAGCCCUCGGCCAAAGCGUCUGUGAGCAGUGCAAAGGCCGGCCAGUCUCAAGGCUGGCCGGGCUCCGGCCCAUGGAGUAACCCCAGCGCUCCACCUGCGCUGCCUCCGGGACUCCCGCCUAGUGCAGCGCCCUCCACUGUGCCUUUUGGACCAGCACCAACAGGAAUGUACCCCUCCAUGCCUCCAGCUGGACCACCACCAGGACCCCCAGCACCCUUUCCUCCUGGACCGUCAUGUCUCCCACCUAGUGGUCCUUACCCAGCCCCUGCUGUGCCGGGCCCUGGCCCCACGGGGCCGUACGCUACGCCAAAUAUGCCCAUUCCGGAGCUACCUAGGCCAUACGGUGCACCCACAGAUCCAGCUGCAGUUGGUACUUUAGGUCCAUGGGGAUCCAUGUCUUCUGGACCUUGGGCACCAGGAAUUGGGGGGCAGCAUCCUAAUAUGCCAUAUCGAUCUCCAGGGCCGUAUCCCACUGUUCCUCCUCCAGUGUCAGGAGCACCGCCUGUUCCAUGGGGCACUGUGCCGCCAGGAGCCUGGGGACCACCAGCACCAUAUCCUGGCCCUGCAGGAUCAUAUCCCUCGCCAGGACCCCAUCCUACUCUGAAUAAUCCUUACCAAGUGCCUUCAGGACCUUCUGGUGCUCCACCAAUGCCUGGUGGCCCUCAUUCUUACCAUUGAGUUGACAGUGGAUGAAGAGCUGGCGCACUGCUUUUUGAAGUACAUGUAUGUGCACAUGAAGGCAUUUAUAAAUGGCUGGUUUCACUAUUGGUUGAGGACAUUCGUGAAAGAACAACUUUUGCACUUCAGAAAGUUCUGUUUCAUGUGUUUGGAUAUGUAGAACACCACGUGGGUACAAUCAGAUAAAUUGUAGAAGCAAAUCAUUCAAGUGUGAUUAAUGUGGCUAUGUGUAUUGAAUAACUUUUGAUAAUGUGUGUUUAAAACUAUACCCUCAAAAUCUAAAAUAACAUGGAUUGUUGUUAGAGUCUGCAACUUAAUUGACAAAGUCAUUCAAGUAUUUUUUGUAAUCCCCCUCCACCCUGCCCCCCAUAUAACUAAGAACAAUCACAUAAUUGGAACAUGAGUCCUCAGUGUUUUGAGCUCCUUCUACCUACAGAAACCAGGCCCUCUUGUUAUAGUGUGGCUGCUAAGUAUAAGUCAACCAUUAUAUUCAGUUCUUCAGAAAUUGCCUGUCAGAAUUGCAUAUGACCUAAGGGCAGGUUUCUUGCUCUGUCAGCUCUAGAAAAGUGUUGGUACCAAAUGCACCUAAAAUGUUAAGGCAUAAUGUAACUGGUCUGCCCAGCCUUAGGAAGCAGUAAGAAAAUGGGGGAGAGGAGUAAGGCGGCUGCCGCCGGCAGUCACUGGCGCAGCCAUCUGAGCCAGCAGGCGGAGCUAGGAGCUUCUCUCUCACUAGCCAACAGCUGGGCCAGUGGUGAUACCAGGUCCUUUUUGACAAUCUAAUUUACAAUUCACAACUCAUUUUUUUUUUCUCUUUAAACAAGUUAUUGGAGGGGGUAAAUAAAGCAGACAUCGUGUGUGACAUUUUUAAAUGGGGGAAAAUACUCAGAAUUCCGAAGGACAUUCUCACGAUGGCUGAACCCCAACCUGUUUGAGUUGUUGCAGAAUUAUACACACUUAUAUGUGUGUAAUAUGUUUCUCGGCUUCAUAUACGGGGCAACUGAGGGAGAACGCUCUUUGGUUGACAUAGCCAUGGUCAGACUCCUGGCCACAGACCAGCUGUGGGAAGCAGAGCGUGGCAGGUGGCUCCUGCAGGCCCUUAAGCAUCCAGCUGAGUGGGUGCUUGCAGAGCUGUUGCUCUCCUGAAGUGUAGUGACGCUCUGGCACCUGAGAGUCGGGAAGCACAGGCCGUUGUGCAGCUCUCCCAGCAGCAGCAAGGCCUGUGAGCAGCCAGUCCCACCCCAACUUCCUGGGUUGACAGAGAUCCUGGAUUUGCUGCCUGGUGGGUUCCAGACCUUGUAAUGGGUAGUAAGUAGGUCAUGACCCCAGCCCACCCAGGACCCAGUUGUCCACCGCAUGUGUGGGCUCCGGCAUUUUGGUGUAGUCCCCUGUUUGGAGCUUCACACCCUGCUGUGAGGUGUGUCCAGCUUUCUUUGAGCUUGUUGGGGUGUGCAAGGGUGCGGUGGCAGUGACUAGUGACCCGAAUGUCGCUGAUCUUCCAGGAGCGUUCAGGCAUUGAUUUAUGAAAGAUACUUCCUUCAUUAGGCCUUAAGGCUUGGUUUAAGUGCAUUUCAUGCCAACAUUUUUCUACAGCUCUGUCAGAGCAAGAAACCUAUCCUCAGAGCUUAAUGCAACUGUGAAAGGAACAUUUUGUAAUUUUAGCAGUAUAAUGGUUAAAUUAAACUUUGUAACCACAAGAAAAUAAAAUUAUGCCACUAAAAUAGGAAAAGAGGCCCCAGUUUGUAUGGGUAGAGGAGCUACUUGGAGAGUUUGUCCUUGGGUGUGUUUGAGGUUCUCCCAUUGGUUUCCAGAUGCCAUCCUGUUAGACUUCCCUGAAGAAACAGCUGGAUUUCUAAAAAGAUUUCUUAUUUCCCGGGGGCUUCUUGGAUCUGGAAGCCAACCUGCCAGCCUGGACAUCUGGGCCCUGGAACACCCAUCAUCACUGCCUUGCCUACACGUAACCUUAAGCCAAGAUUCAUCAGUUGCCAAGUUCAUCAGCCAGUGUGUUGGGGUUUUUUGUUGUUGGGGUUUUGUUUUUCUUUGGGGGUGGGGCAUACUUUCUUGUUGGUAGAAGUUAAUGACCCAUCCCGUGUGAUGUGCUCUGGAUGGUAAUUCCAUUUAAGCCCUUGGUUUUUAGGACUUCACAACUGAUAAUUGGGAUUUAUUUGGUUUAUCACUGUUAUUUAGUACAAGAGUGGAAAUCAAAAAGACAGGAUUUUUAUUUUCAGAAUAUUUCUCUUGUUACCCUCAGGGUGGGUUCAAGAUAGGAUCAAGAAAAGCUAAAAAUAAAAAAUAUAAAAGGUAGCCAAAUAAAGAAUACAGAAAGGACUUUCCGGCUUUGUAGGGUAGAGUGUUUGUGGGUUCAAGAUAGAGUCAAGAAAAGCUAAAAUAAAAAUAAAAAGUAGCCAAAUGAGGAAAAGAACUUGAAAAGGGUUUUCUAGUUUUGUUUUAACCUAUGGGUAAUACUGCUUUGAGAACAAGCCAUGCUAGGCCAGGACUGGUCUACCGAAAGGACAGUUUGUCAAUAAAUGUUUGGUCUUAGAAAAAUCCAAAUUCUGGACCUUACUGACAUGGUCUGACAAGAAUUAAUAUAGUUGAGAUGUGCGGGAGUAGUGUUUCUGAAGUGGAAAUGUUGAGAUUUGCAAUAUUCAGUUCUUUAACUAAGGCCCCUCCUUUCUUCAUCUUGCUGUCAGUAGAGAGUAACAGUCCAUUUUCUCAUAACACACCUUACAAACUAAUGCCAUCUUUUGUCUCACAUAGACAGCUUUUGAUUGAGGUUGGUAAGAUCCUGCCUCAUUUUCAUGGUGGUUCCAUACAGCUGUCACCAUGUAUUCCCCACCCAGAGUAACUCAAAGCUAGCUUUCUCGGAUGCUGGGAAUGCAACCUCCAGAAGAGCGCAGGCCUUUAAAUCAGUGUUUAGAGAAGCAGAUGCCUAAUGGAACUAGCUGCUAGAGAGUGGUGGGUGCUUUCAGGGAAGAUACGCUUAGGGAAGCAAAUAUCACUCAAAACAGACACUUUAUUUUCAGAACUGCCAACUGAAUCAGAAAUGAGUAUUGGCGGUUGGGGCCAAGAUUCCAUUCCUGAGUCUAGCUGCAGAAGACACCUGAGGACUGAGCCUGUGCCACGAGUACAUCAGUGAUUGGCUCUAGGCCCUGUACUUAGCGCACCCAGUUUAGGCACACCGUUACCAGCCCCCUGGAUAAGGGGCAAUUAACCGUGGCUGUCAGUGAGGAUAACAGGCCUGUCCUGGAGCUAUGUGUAGAUGAGGAACUCAUGGAAAUGUCUGCCUCCCAAAUACUGAGAUAAAUGCAUGUGACUGGCUUAAUAAACUUCGGGUGUGUGUGUUUGAAUGACUGAAGCAUGGUGACUCAUGCCUUUGAUCCCAGCACUUGGAAAUCAGAGGCAGUCAGACUUUGGAGUUCAAGGACAGCCAGGGUUAUACACGGAAAACACGUCUCAACAACAGUAAAAACAUAUCUUUCAACAUGGGGGUGCUGAUCGGUGCAACUAGUCAAGUGUGCAAAGUAACAGGAUGCUUUCCUCUUCUGGAUAAAGGCACUGGCACAGCUGCCUCUGAUUGAUAGACACUUGUCAUUAAGUAGAUUCUACUUUUUAUACGUGCUCUAUAAAGGUUUUUUUUUUGUAAUACUUUUCUUGAGAUUGUGAUUCGUUUUUCAUUUAUUGAAUAAUGGCAAAUUUGAUGUAUUUUAUAGUCUAUGCAUUUUAAGUUAAGCUGCCCGAAGUGUGUCUGAGACCUACGCGUUUGUACUAUGAACUGUAAGCAAUGGAAGAUAACUAGGUUUUGUCACCUGCUGCUGUAUUUGCAAACAAAGACAAAUGUUGCUUGAAGAUGUAAUUAUAAUUAGAAGUAGGUUAUGGAUGUGAUACUUGAUAUUUUUAAGGUAAACUUGUUUGCUUUGUGUGUGAUACCUGAAAGCCUUUUUUAAAAAUGUAUUUUCAUGA